UUCAACCAAUCAGAAGAGAGAUGCAUGGCCCAUACGGUAUCAAUGUUGAUUAUGUUAUGGCUGACGGAGUUAGUCACUUAGCUUGUGUAUUCUCCUGAUGUAAAACGCUCUCGUCUGCUGAUCACACACUAUGGAGUUACCGGGUCUUUUGUCUGUGAUAUUUCUUCACGUUUUCAUUCCAGUAUGGGCCAAGAAGGGAGAAGCCCGACACUGUCCGGAGUUAGUGCAAGAGAGCGGCUACUACACGGCGGUGCACAGCAACACGUGCUACAUGUUCGUCAACAAGGAGGAGUACUGGACGGCUGCGUCCACUCACUGUCAGGGGAUGGGGGGCGACCUCAUCACCGUUAUGAAUGGUGGAGUCAUGAACUUUCUUAAGUCAGAACUUAAUUCCCCAGGUUUGGGCUGGCACAACCAGGGAGUGUGGAUUGGAGCCCAGCACUAUGAAGACAGAGGAUGGGUAUGGACUACUGGGGAAAAGGUGUCGUACUCCUACUGGGCAAGGAACGAGCCCAGCAAGACGUUACUUUGGUCCAUUGAGAACUGUGCCUUGAUGAGGCGGGAGGAUGGAUGGCAUUGGCAUGACUACCACUGCGGCGCCUUAAAGUACCAUUACUACUACAUCUGCCAGUUCCCGACUAUAGCCGUGACCACGCCCACAACCGAGCUACCUGUAAUAAUCGUUAAGCAACUUGAUCUGCGUCUCAUGAAACAUCAUAGUCUAGAAGCCAUUGCCCACUCCUACCAAGACAAUGGCCACCUGGCCCACACGGCCUCCUCGGGACAACAGGAGGACAAUGGAAACAUGUCCAUCCUGUUGACUGUGAUUGGGUUUGCUGGCCUCGUCAUCUUUGCGAUGCUGCUCAUCUUCUUCAUCUACAGAAAGAGGCAACGAGACAAGCACAAUGUGGAGGAGAUGGUUGUGAGAUACGACAACCAGGCAUACGGACGCGUCCAUCAGAACGAGCAGGGUUACGGGGCAGGAGGGGACAACGACUCCAACGGCCGACGCCCAGUCAGCAGCAUGUACAUGUCCCCUGACGAGGUCAACACACUGUAUGAGGAGGUCAACAAGGAAGUCAACCACGGCGUUAACACGUUCAGGAAGGAGACGAACUGCCUAGCAGGUCAACCACCUCCCCCUCCACCUCCCAGGUCCGAUUCAGCCUCAGCGGUAUCUCUCAGUGAAGGUGGAGCAUCAGGAUUUGCGAGCAGUGACAACUUCUCCGCAUCCCCGGAAGAACCCUAUACGGAGCCUUUGAUUGAAGCUACCUCCAAAGAGGAGAGUGACUCAAAGGGAUGUAACCUGUAUGUGGACAUGAAGGGGGGGUCUAAGUCUUCGGCUCUUGAUGUUCCCCCUGAGAAGAUGAAGAAGCUGAUGGAAGAACACACCUACACAAACACUUCCGAGGUUAAUUCUGACACGGAGAAUCACUAUGAAGACCUCCCAGCUCGACUGUGAAGUGUCACCAGGUUUGAGUCUUGUGACAUAGACAAAAGGGGUUAUGACAAUGCUUGACCCGGGAGAGAAAUACGUGUGUAUUAUUACUCUUCCUCAGUGAGGUUGAUAGACUGUCAUCAGCUGAACUAGUCAUUCUAGUCAAUCCUCUUGCACAGUGUCAUACAAUGUUUAUCUUUGCUGUGAUGUAAUUUUCAAGACUUUUUUAAUGACAAAAGCACUGUCCAUCCGCGAGUAUUCAGGCAUGAAUGUAAUUGAUGCUGGUGUCCAUUGAAGCUUUAACAUCUGGAGGUCUGCGUGGACAAUCAAAACCAGUUCUGUGUACUGUGUACUAAGUAGACAGACGCCCAGUCGACCCACCUUCAGCACCACCCGUGAUCUGUGACCUGGGACAAAGUUCAUUCACUGAGCACAUGGCUCAUGCAGCCUGGGGUCGCCAACAUGUGCUGCUUUUCAUCCUGCUCUGCGGCCUCGCCCAGAGUUAAGACUGAAACAAAACCGACACUGUCAUCCAAAUCAAAGGCAACACUCUUUUAAUUUUAUGUUUCAUGGAUUUAUUCCAGCUUUUCCAUACACGGUUGGUCGAAAUAAAAAAAUGUAAAUAAUUUUUAUUUAUAUGAUAGGUAUGAGGUGGCCUCACUGAUAGUGAUAGAUGGACACAGAAUUUAUAUACUAGUAUAGCAUUUUGCAUUGUAUAAAAGGGUCUAUAUUUUAGCGGGACACAUAAAUAAUAAAACUAAAUAUUUUUAUGUUUUCAAUAGGGGCAGCAUGCCUGUGAAGCGAAAAAUAAAAAAUGUGUGGCCUAAAGAUUCUUCCGUGAUGGAACAGUUCUGGCUUUUAUUUCUUGAAAUGUUAGCGAUGAAUCAGGAUACCCAACAUGGCAGAGCAUGUGUUGUUGCGCCCUCUGGUGGUCCAUGAACACUAUGAACUGUGCAGACAUACUGAGUAUGAGAUCUAUCCAUCAAGCUGGUCCUGCUGCUGGGGGACCAUAUUAACAGUUGCUAUGGGUACGAUCCGUCUAUAAAUGGGAGGCGUUCUACGUACAGCCCAAAUGUGGAUAGGGAUACGCAGCAUCUUCCCACUGUGGACAUACAUGGUACAUGGUACAUGUAAUAUCAUGUAUCAUGGAAUAUUCUUAUCACAUGUUGAGUAGUAUUGAUACAAUUAUAUUUUGUUUGUGUGACUACAACUUUUAUAAUUUAUCAGUUUGAAAAAAAUCUAUUUAUGAUGGAUGAUUAGUUAUAUUUCAAAAUGGCCUUUGUAUAAUGAAGUAGCUAGUUUCCAGCAUUGUGCUGUAAUGAUUUAGAUUAAUUUACUGGCGUUGAUAGAAGCUGCAUUCUGAUGGUUAACCACCUUUUAAUUUGAUUACCAAUUGCAUUUUUACCAUAGACUCCUAGUAAUUGACAAUACUGAGUAAAGAACUUGGUGCAGUUAGAGUAUACAGGUGCAUAGUUUGAAAAGUCUGAACCAGGCUUAAGUCUUGAGGCAUGAAGUAACUGAUGGGUGAUUUUCCAUGUAAUAAUACAGUGCCAGAGAGUAUAUAAAAUAUCCCUAUUGGUAACCAUCCGUGUCAUGCCAUUUAGAGUGGCUUUGUUGCAUCAUCUUGAAACAUGAUUUAUUUGUAAUUUCUUAGAUUUUCAUUCAUACUAUAGGGCAGCUAGGGAAGUUAGUUUUCAGAUACGUAGCAUUUUGCCAUCUAAGAUGUUAAUGUUGUGUGUAUAUUUACUAUUUUAGUGCGGUAGUUUUGCUUCAAAGAGUUUCACUUAAACCAUACCGGAGCAUUAAGGGUUUUCUUAUAUGUGCUUUCUAUCACCAGUGUAUAUGUAGAAAUGCAUAUGUGUAUUUUAAGUUUUGCCUUACUGCUUAUAUAGAAUACGUAUUCCACAGACUAGAUGUUCCAGGUGCCACGUAAUCAACCAGUACGUACUUGUAUCUACCAUCUAUCAUCAUAUGCAUGUUUGUCCCUCUCAAGGUGAUUGCUGAGUCAGCAAGUUAUGUAUUAAUGGCUGCCUUAAGUAGUAUUUGGGAAUUGCUGACUCAUAAUAUCCAAAUAGUAUUCAAUGGAAGAAACAGUUACGUAAUUUCAUAUUAUGCCACAGUUUUCUUCUUUGUUUUUUUGUUUUCUAUUAUUGAAAAAUAAAAUUAGAGAUUUUAAUCUUAAAUAUUUGACAGAUGUUUUGCUUUUAAGAUUGUUUUCUAGAUAUUUCUUAUUACUUGUUUAUUUCAUAACAAUUAGAACAAUCUAAACAGUAACGUUUAUUCUUAAAAUGGGAUGGGCAAAACGUAAACUAAGACAUAUUAUAAAAUUGUCUUGGGUCAUUUCUCAGCAAGUCUGAAUGUCCUAAACAGAAUAUUGAUAGAAAAGCUCCUCAUAGCUUGCGUUCUUCUUUUCUCUUAAAUACCUUUUCAUUAUGGCAAGUGGGCUACAUGGCAAGUGUUGCUAGAUAUCAGUCCCUGCUAUUGUGUUGUCUAGACUUCACUACUGUGCAACAUGGCUGAGCUGUCCAAGAGUAGACACAGCAGUGGCACAACCAAGUCAUCUGUAUGAUAGUAUAUAUAUAUUUCUACUGUAUACCAUGGUUUACCAACCAACAAGUCAUCUUUUUAUCUCAAAUGUUGUCAUGAAAUGACGUAUAGUUUUAAUUGUUAUCCAUGUACCACCACUCUCCAUGUGUGUAUACCAUCCCCGUGGUAUAAUCAUGUUAUCUCCAGUGUAUCCAUCUGUAGGCCCACAGCAGGGAUAACAUCCACUCUCCAUGUGUGUAUAUCACCCCUGUGGUAUAAUCAUGUUAUCUGUAUGCCCACAGCAGGGAUAACACCCACUCUCCAUGUGUGUAUAUCACCCUUGUGGUAUAAUCAUGUUAUCUGUAUGCCCACAGCAGGGAUAACACCCACUCUCCAUGUUCCACCACUCUUCAUGUGUGUAUAUCACCCCGUGGUAUAAUCAUGUUAUCCCCAGUGUAUCCAUCUGUAGGCCCACAGCAGGGAUAACACCUACUCUCCAUGUGUGUAUAUCACCCCUGUGGUAUAAUCAUGUUAUCUGUAUGCCCACAGCAGGGAUAACACCCACUCUCCAUGUGUGUAUAUCACCCCUGUGGUAUAAUCAUGAUAUCUGUAUGCCCACAGCAGGGAUAACACCCACUCUCCAUGUGUGUAUAUCACCCUUGUGGUAUAAUCAUGUUAUCCCCAGUGUAUCCAUCUGUAGGCCCACAGCAGGGAUAACACCUACUCUCCAUGUGUGUAUAUCACCCCUGUGGUAUAAUCAUGUUAUCCCCAGUGUAUCCAUCUGUAGGCCCACAGCAGGGAUAACACCUACUCUCCAUGUGUGUAUAUCACCCCUGUGGUAUAAUCAUGUUAUCCCCAGUGUAUCCAUCUGUAGGCCCACAGCAGGGAUAACACCCACUCUCCAUGUGUGUAUAUCACCCCCGUGGUAUAAUCAUGUUAUCCCCAGUGUAUCCAUCUGUAGGCCCACAGCAGGGAUAACACCCACUCUCCAUGUGUGUAUAUCACCCCUGUGGUAUAAUCAUGUUAUCCCCAGUGUAUCCAUCUGUAGGCCCACAGCAGGGAUAACACCUACUCUCCAUGUGUGUAUAUCACCCCUGUGGUAUAAUCAUGUUAUCCCCAGUGUAUCCAUCUGUAGGCCCACAGCAGGGAUAACACCCACUCUCCAUGUGUGUAUAUCACCCCUGUGGUAUAAUCAUGUUAUCCCCAGUGUAUCCAUCUGUAGGCCCACAGCAGGGAUAACACCUACUCUCCAUGUGUGUAUAUCACCCCUGUGGUAUAAUCAUGUUAUCCCCAGUGUAUCCAUCUGUAGGCCCACAGCAGGGAUAACACCCACUCUCCAUGUGUGUAUAUCACCCCUGUGGUAUAAUCAUGUUAUCCCCAGUGUAUCCAUCUGUAGGCCCACAGCAGGGAUAACACCUACUCUCCAUGUGUGUAUAUCACCCCUGUGGUAUAAUCAUGUUAUCCCCAGUGUAUCCAUCUGUAGGCCCACAGCAGGGAUAACACCCACUCUCCAUGUGUGUAUAUCACCCCUGUGGUAUAAUCAUGUUAUCCCCAGUGUAUCCAUCUGUAGGCCCACAGCAGGGAUAACACCUACUCUCCAUGUGUGUAUAUCACCCCUGUGGUAUAAUCAUGUUAUCCCCAGUGUAUCCAUCUGUAGGCCCACAGCAGGGAUAACACCCACUCUCCAUGUGUGUAUAUCACCCCUGUGGUAUAAUCAUGUUAUCCCCAGUGUAUCCAUCUGUAGGCCCACAGCAGGGAUAACACCUACUCUCCAGGUGUGUAUAUCACCCAUGUGGUAUAAUCAUGUUAUCCCCAGUGUAUCCAUCUGUAGGCCCACAGCAGGGAUAACACCUACUCUCCAUGUGUGUAUAUCACCCAUGUGGUAUAAUCAUGUUAUCCCCAGUGUAUCCAUCUGUAGGCCCACAGCAGGGAUAACACCCACUCUCCAUGUGUGUAUACCACCCCCGUGGUAUAAUCAUGUUAUCCCCAGUGCAUCCAUCUGUAGGCCCACAGCAGGGAUAACACCCACUCUCCAUGUGUGUAUAUCACCCCCGUGGUAUAAUCAUGUUAUCUGUAGGCCCACAGCAGGGAUAACACCUACUCUCCAUGUGUGUAUAUCACCCCCGUGGUAUAAUCAUGUUAUCCCCAGUGUAUCCAUCUGUAGGCCCACAGCAGGGAUAACACCUACUCUCCAUGUGUGUAUAUCACCCCUGUGGUAUAAUCAUGUUAUCCCCAGUGUAUCCAUCUGUAGGCCCACAGCAGGGAUAACACCCACUCUCCAUGUGUGUAUAUCACCCCCGUGGUAUAAUCAUGUUAUCCCCAGUGUAUCCAUCUGUAGGCCCACAGCAGGGAUAACACCCACUCUCCAUGUGUGUAUAUCACCCCUGUGGUAUAAUCAUGUUAUCCCCAGUGUAUCCAUCUGUAGGCCCACAGCAGGGAUAACACCUACUCUCCAUGUGUGUAUAUCACCCCUGUGGUAUAAUCAUGUUAUCCCCAGUGUAUCCAUCUGUAGGCCCACAGCAGGGAUAACACCCACUCUCCAUGUGUGUAUAUCACCCCUGUGGUAUAAUCAUGUUAUCCCCAGUGUAUCCAUCUGUAGGCCCACAGCAGGGAUAACACCCACUCUCCAUGUGUGUAUAUCACCCCUGUGGUAUAAUCAUGUUAUCCCCAGUGUAUCCAUCUGUAGGCCCACAGCAGGGAUAACACCUACUCUCCAUGUGUGUAUAUCACCCCUGUGGUAUAAUCAUGUUAUCCCCAGUGUAUCCAUCUGUAGGCCCACAGCAGGGAUAACACCCACUCUCCAUGUGUGUAUAUCACCCCUGUGGUAUAAUCAUGUUAUCCCCAGUGUAUCCAUCUGUAGGCCCACAGCAGGGAUAACACCUACUCUCCAUGUGUGUAUAUCACCCCUGUGGUAUAAUCAUGUUAUCCCCAGUGUAUCCAUCUGUAGGCCCACAGCAGGGAUAACACCCACUCUCCAUGUGUGUAUAUCACCCCUGUGGUAUAAUCAUGUUAUCCCCAGUGUAUCCAUCUGUAGGCCCACAGCAGGGAUAACACCUACUCUCCAGGUGUGUAUAUCACCCAUGUGGUAUAAUCAUGUUAUCCCCAGUGUAUCCAUCUGUAGGCCCACAGCAGGGAUAACACCUACUCUCCAUGUGUGUAUAUCACCCAUGUGGUAUAAUCAUGUUAUCCCCAGUGUAUCCAUCUGUAGGCCCACAGCAGGGAUAACACCCACUCUCCAUGUGUGAAUACCACCCCCGUGGUAUAAUCAUGUUAUCCCCAGUGCAUCCAUCUGUAGGCCCACAGCAGGGAUAACACCCACUCUCCAUGUGUGUAUAUCACCCCCGUGGUAUAAUCAUGUUAUCUGUAGGCCCACAGCAGGGAUAACACCUACUCUCCAUGUGUGUAUAUCACCCCCGUGGUAUAAUCAUGUUAUCCCCAGUGUAUCCAUCUGUAGGCCCACAGCAGGGAUAACACCCACUCUCCAUGUGUGUAUAUCACCCCCGUGGUAUAAUCAUGUUAUCUGUAGGCCCACAGCAGGGAUAACACCUACUCUCCAUGUGUGUAUAUCACCCCCGUGGUAUAAUCAUGUUAUCCCCAGUAUAUCCAUCUGUAGGCAGGGAUCUGGUCAAGCCAUGAGAUGCUGCCAUCCAUCAGUACCAAUCUAUAUAGACAUCAAACUUUUUUCAUUUUAUUGUCCAUUUCUUUAGUAUUUUUAUUUUCAUACAUGUGUUCUGCUGUGUUCUGUCAUGUAUUAACUAUACAUCAACCAGUAUUAGAUUUGUCUCAACAAGAGUGUAAAACAGUACGCCUCUCUUGCUUGAGGCUUUUUCCACUGUUGUUGGUCUAAACAACCAGACGAAGAAGUCAAUUCUAUGAAAAUUGUUAAGGAUUGUUUACAUUUCCUGGUCAUAUAUGACGGCGGUCUGUAAAUAAUCGAGUCUGGACCUCACAAUCCAGUGAUUAACAUCAUGAGCAUCGAUCCACGUGAUUGGGAUACAGUGACGUGCAUUGACCAAGUCAGCGAGCCUGACCACCCGAUCCCUUUCGUCGCCUCUUAUGACAAGCAUAGUCGCCUUUUAAGGCAAGCAUGGGUUGCUUAAGACCUAUUCUACCCUGAAUCUUCACAGGUCCAAAAUAAGAAAAGAAAAAUCAGAAACACAUAUUUGACAAGAUGAUGUCUUUAACGUAGUGUCGACCAAGUGAAACAUAUAAAAUAAAAUAAAACAUAUAGUGUAUCUCUAUAUGACAAGUCAAGGUGCUACUUUCCCUCUCGUACUGAGGGGGGUCGGGUAGCCUAGUGGUUAAAGCGUUCGCUCGUCACGCCGAAGACCCGGGUUCGAUUCCCGACAUGGGUACAAUGUGUGAAGCCCAUUUCUGGUGUUCCCCGCCGUGAUAUUGCUGGGAUAUUGCUAAAAGCGGCGUAAAACCAUACUCACUCACUCACUCUCGUACUGACCUGGAAUUAUCAUUAUGAUAAUCAGUCAACAGCCAGUGGAGACAAUUCUCAGUUUGUGUUGAGUCAGCAGAACCCUUGGAGAAAACACCUGAUGAUAACAGACAGGUUCAACAAUGGAGCUGUUUGUGUCUGUGUAAUAAGUAGUAUCCAUGUCAUACUGAGGCUGGGAUUUUUUAAAACUUGGUUGAAAUGUUGAAAAAAAUGAAAAAGAGAAGCAGUUAUUAAUUCCACAGAAAUGAGUAAAAUUAUUUAAAAUACUUUAAUUAAAACCUGUUGAAAAUUUAUCUUAAAAAUGCCCACGUCCACUUUCUUUUCUUUCUUUUUCUACCCACUUAACAUUUUGAGGAAAUGAAACAAAAAUAGUUGAAAUUGGAUGUUUUUAAAUAUUCUUUUUAACCAGAAUGAAAUAUAUACCAUAUAUGACUGUAGAUAAGCCAAAUUUUGCAGACCAGAAAAAAGAUUCUGAAGAAAGGUGUCAACCUUUGUAAAGGUUAUGCUUCAAUCAAACUCUUUUUCUGUUGGUAAAACAACUACAUUGUAUUCCUGCAGGUGAAUGAACAACGCUAUAGCAAACUGUGUCAAUGAAAUUGUAAAAAUUUGCAAUUGAACAUCACUAGACAUGAUGAUUUACCAUUUCAGUUGUAUUUCUUGUUAUGCCAGGCAUUCUUUUAUAUGCAGGGAUUAAGAUUACCGUGUAAAAAGUCUGGCAUUGUUUGACAUUUGAUGUUUUAUACAAUGAUUUACGGUAGAUGUUCUUUUCCUUAUUUGCUUAUACCUUGGCAUCUACAGUAAUCAUUGCUAUCCAUUGUACCAGUGUAACUGUCCCCCGUCUUGAUGAAUUGUCCAUGAUUGUUGAAUUACACAAGAUAUUAUGUGUUGACUGUACAGUUUUUAGGUUUAUACUCCAAUGAAUUGUAGAUAGUGUUUCAUGAAGUAGUCAUGCUGUAAAUAGUUGUAUAGACGUGCGUGAGGACUCUGUGAUAGCAGUAGUGUAGAAUGCACCUGGAAGGAGGGCAGGCUUUAUGGCCUGGGGGUGCCCGCAGGGGGGUGGGAAUUUCAAAUUAUUGACUUACCCCUGGGCAAUUUUAAACUGUAAAAAGUCACUUGUCCAGAAACAAUUUGUCACUCAUUGCUCACCCCAGAAUCCCAAGUACUGCUAAACACAAGUCUCAGAAGCAUUGAGAAAAGGUGCAGUUUGAUGUUAAAUUAUUGAAAAAAUAUCAAGAAAAAAUUGAAUAUAAAAUUUUGUAUUUUGUUUUUUUGGUUUAAAUUUUAACUCUGCACAGCAAAUAUGAUUUUUAUUUGCAUCCCGCGUACCACCCCGAGUUACGAAUACCAUUUAAAUUGACACCAGAAUCCUGCACACCAAAAGGUAAUUGUCCAGGUAAUUUACCAAAAACUGUUUUUCUUACUGCCGUUUUGACAUUGAUGAAAAUGUUUUUGUUUCUCCAUGGCUUUUUAGGCAGACAGUGCGACCUGCCAUGACUUCUGACAAUAUGUUGUGUAGAAGGCGUGCCCUGAAGUGUGAUCAGAAUCAGGUGAAGGAAGUAUGGGAUGUUUGUACUUUUAGAAAACUAUAUUUAAUACUUGUUACAAAUAAUUUCUCAUAAUUGACUUAAGGUCUGCUAAGUUUAAUGGUUGCCCACGGGUGCGUGAACCUGAUUCUUUUGCUUGUUCGGAAGUCUCACAUGAUGAAGCGUUGAUGUUCCACCCCCAGAGUGAUAAGGUCUACACAUUGUAAAUAGUGCCGGAGACAGAGACAUUACCAGACAACUGAUACACAGAAUUAGCUGAUAACCAAAGUGUUGGAACAACUGCAAUCAAACUUGCUGGGGCUGCCAAUCUGCCGGAGCCUGGUCCCCCUUUAAGAUCACCUGAUUUAUGAAGUCACAAUGUAGAAAAAUAUGAUAUCACCAUGACAAAUAUGUCAGCUUUUAUGUACCAGCAUAUUAUGAAAGUGUUUGAUUCACAUUUCUUGAAGCAAAAAAACAAUUUUUUAUCAUUUAUACCAAACACUUCUAUACAAAGUCAAUUCAGAUGUAAAACAUUAGUCUUUUUUGUUACAUGUUUAUUAUUACUGUUUGACUCUGUACACUGGAAGUUCAGGCCAUAGUCCAGGACAGUCUCUUCCCCCUCCCCGCGUAGCAGGUAAUAUUGAGGAGCAUAUUUGCUUAUAUCAAAUUGUCAUUGUUUGAAAGGUAUUAAGUUCAAUGCCUCUUUGUUAAUUAUUGAUUUAAAUAAUCUCUGUCACUAAAGGUAAUAAAAGGCAUGUUCUUUCAUUCUUAAACCGUUCGUAUCUAAGUUACCGGUUUGCCAUGUUGUUUUAUAGUGAACACGUAAAUGCAUUUGGUCACUGCCUCGACUCCCUCAUCAGCCAUUGUUGUGUAUAGGUCACAGUCAAUCUGAAAUUACACUUAUCGUCAUGGCAACAGCUUCUGACUGCAUGAUCAAUAAACUAUGGUCUUUUUAUUGCAAAA